CCUUAGCUUUAACGCAAUCAUAAGGACACACACACACACAGACACAUGCGUACGCUGAACCAAGCUAUUGAGAAACCAUGUAAAAGAUAAAUGCGGAGCACUGGGAUGAAGAAUCUACAAACUUUAUAUUCGCUGCCAAUUUUGGCUCUGGCAAGUUUCUUCAUCAGGAUAAGUGGAUCGACCUCUCUUCACCUGGUGCUGACCGGUCCAGACGAGGCCUACCUCGGCUCGAGGGUGGCUUUCCGGUGUGUUGCACCUGAGUCUUCUCUGCCAGUCACCUAUGAGCUGAUCCGGGACAGUAGCGUCCUCAUCACCACAGUCGCUGAUCUCCAAGGGGACCAACCGGCCUCAUUAUACCUGAAGGUCGCUGCAUCGUCGGAGGGGUCGUACCACUGCAAGGCGACGACACGGCGAAGCACAGGAGUCAGCAACAGCAUCACGCUGACUGUAGUCACUCCAGCAUCAAACACCAGAGUGACCUCUGACCCCUUCCCCCCGGUCGCACACGAGGGGUCACGCAUUGAACUGAGCUGCAGCGUCGCAAAGGGCUCCCAUCUUGUCUACAACUGGUUUUUCAACAGGAAGGAACUGACAUCUUUAACCUCUCCACUCCUUGUCCUCACUGGGAACACGCUAGUGAUUGAGAAGGUGGCUCCAGAGCAUGCUGGGUACUAUUCAUGCAUGGCUUGGUCCAGGGUGCAGGACACCAGAAGAUUUUCCAGCAGCACAGAGGUCCUGGUGACAGUCAAAGUCUACGUUUCAAAACCAAGAAUCUCUUUCUCCAUCUCCAAAGAGGGAACCAGUCCCGGUGGCAAUGUGACGUGCUGGUCAACAAGAGGGAGUCCUCCGGUUAACAUCUCUCUUUUAGUGGAUGACAAAGAAGUGGGAUCUGCCACAGUUGCUCAAUCCCUUGUUGCCUGGUUCCCCGUCGCCAUGGUACCCGGGCAGGACAUGGCCGUUGCUCGAUGCCGGGUGAAGACUGAGGUGCAGGAGUUGAUGAGUGAGCCUGUGACUCUGGAAAUGGUUCCAGUCGGAGGUGAUGUGAAAGUGGAAGUUGAAUAUCUCUACAGUGCUGACUCCAUACUGACUGCUGCCAAGCUUACCUGCCAAGUCAGCAGAGGCACUUUCCCUUACAUCUCUUGGCUCUUGAACAACUCCGGCCUUCCCUCUGAGACACAUGUGGACUCCCAUGUUCACCCCAUCCGGCCCCACGCUGCCUUAACCGACGGGAGACGAACCCUCGUUCUGGCCGAGCUUGGCCCAGAGGAGUCUGGGUAUUACCGCUGCAGGGUCAGGGACAGCUACAAUGAAUCCGGGCCCUGGGUGGAGAGUGCAGCCGUGCUGGUCCGAGUCUCAGACAGGAUCCAAAACUCCAUGUCUCCAGCAACAUCCUCCACUAAACCACCACCAAAGGUUUUCCUGAACACCAUAGUUAUCCUCACCAUAGCGUUCUGCUGCUCCCUCUUUCUGAUGUUGGCAGUGGGUGUAGGCUGUGUGUACAAGAUGUUUGAUGACAAGCAAGGUGUGUCUCACGCCCACGUUGCUACAACAAAUUCUGAUGAACUUCCUCUAUCUGCACCCACAUCCCAGUCAGGAGGCGAGCAGGACGAUACUUCGUCUCCAGAUAUUGUUGUUGUUAGUCUCUUGUUUGACUUUGCUGUCUACCUAAGCUCCAUGUUUGACCCUUUCCUCAGUAAAGAUCAACACGCCUGCAUAACACGGCAUAACAUGUUCACAUUUGACCUAUAUAGUUGUAAUAAAGAGUGUUCUUCAAGAAUGUUGGCUUCCCUCUUUGUGGUCAUACUGGGGUUGUGCUUCUGUAGCAAGGGGAGCAGCCAGUCCAUUCUGGGGCGUCCAGAAGUUAUUGGCCCCUCAGAAGCUUUGUUAAAAAGCGUUGUAGUUUUUAAGUGUCAACUGAAAAUCUACCCCGAGAAUGAAACUAUCCUGCUGCAGCUAUUCAAGGAGGAUAACCGUGACAAGUUGUUGGGGGAAUACACCUCCCUCAACGGGGAAGUUGCAAUAAUCCCCAUGGUGAUCAAACUAUACCAUGAGGGCAGCCUGGAGUGUGUGGCCAAGGCUCAAAACAACUCCAACAUAGAGCCCACUGUCAGCUACACACACCACCUGAAGGUUAUUGAGCCGGUGAAGGGUGCAGGGAUUGACGUUCGAUCCGGCCCAGUGGACUUUUUUGAGGGGAAGGCACUGGAGCUACACUGUGACAUCAUCGCUGGAAAUCACGUCUCCUACCAGUGGCUGCAGAAUAGUCAGCUCGUCACUCGGUCACGUCUCCACUAUGUUGCAGAUGGCCAUCUCUUGACCUACAGAACGACUUCCAAAGACAGCGGCUCCUAUGUGUGCGUCGCCACCAACCGCUUCAACAACACAGACAUCUUCACCUCCAGUAGCUCUGAAGUUAUGAUCACAGUCAAAGACGUGGUGUCGACCCCUGACAUCUCCUUCGCCGUGUUAAAGGAAGAUUCCCACAACUAUUCCGCGGAGGUCACGUGUCAGUCGACUAAAGGGACUCCGCCUGUCACCUUUUCGCUGUACAACAGGACGGAAUUGGUCGCCAAUAAAACGAUUGAAGAGAGAACCGCGACAUUUAAGGUUCCCCUGGUCUUGGGCCAGCACUUGGGAUGGCUCCAGUGCCAGGCAAACAAUGGAGACCAGAUCGGAUUCAGUCAAUGGAUUCCUCUGGAAGUUGUCCCGGUCGGAGGGCCCGUGACAAUGCAUUACGACUAUGACGUCGGAGAACACUACGCUGUGAUCGGCCUGAGGUUCUACUGCAAGGCCGCGAAGGGAUCUCUUCCUCGGUUCCAGUGGUUCCUCAACAAAACCCUCCUACGUGACAGAGGAAGCUUCUAUUACGCGGUCGACCAGCCUCCAGAACGGUCCAUACUCCUGCUGUCUGUGGGGAGCAGCAGCGCUGGAACGUACCACUGUGAAGUGGCCGACAGCUUUGACAACACCAGCUCCGUAAGCAGCAACGGGAUGUAUUUGGAUACAGAAGUGCUGAACCGUCUCCCCGUCUUGGUGGUGGCAGUUGUCUUUGGAUGUUUCACGUUCCUGGUGGUCCUGGUCUCUAUUUGUUGUUUGGUUGGAGCAAUGUUCAGGCGAAGGCGGAAUGGAGGAAAGUAUCUGUUGAGCUUGGAGAUGAAUGUCGCAGCAUAUGAGGCGAGCUGGUUAGAUUCGUCAGAGUACGAUGAAAAUGCGGAUUUGGUGGAAACCACCAGAGGGGAUGUAUUUGAUCUGGCGGCUCAGACUUCUGUAGAUGAAUGGCCCGAAAUUGUGAAAGAGAAGAAGUCGUUGGAGGAUAAACAGGUUGAAGGACCCUGAGGGUAAACUGUUUGAUAAACAGGCUUUUGUGGUUGAAUAAACACAUCUGCUCGUGA